AUGGAUGAUUAUGAUAUCAGGUCUGCUGCCAGCAUUUUGGCAUCUGUUAAAGAGCAAGAGGCUCGUUUCGAGCGGCUCACCCGUGCACUUGAAGAAGAGCGACGCAAUGUCUCCUUGCAGCUUGAACGUGCUAAUCAGCCCUCAGAACGAAUGAGCAUGUGCAACAUUGGCAAUGGUCAGCCCCUGGCAACCGCGUGGCAGCAACUUGUCCUGCAGGAGCAAAGCCCCAGCAACCAGACAUCAAUAACAAUGAUGCAAGAGCCUCAGGAGAUGGUAGAGGAGACGGUUACUGUUGAGGAAGACCCGGGUACCCCUACUUCCCAUGUGUCUAUUGUGACUUCAGAAGAUGGAACCACAAGGAGAACUGAGACUAAGGUCACAAAAAUGGUCAAAACAGUCACCACUAGAACAGUUCGCCAGGUGCCCCUGGGGCCCGAUGGCCUGCCGGUAAUGGACAGCUCCUCUCCCAUGGGCAGCUACACAGAUUCAAUAGACAGAAGAUACAUGAAGAAUGGUGAGCGUUACAUCACACCACAAGCUUCGUCCACGUUGACCAGAUCUUACAAUAGCUACGAUUCUUAUCCCGACGGCCACGACAGCCAGUAUCGCCCUUUUAUCAGCCACGAUGGCUAUGGAGACCUAGCUGACAAUUAUGGCAGCUUGUCCCGUGGCAUCAACUACCGUCCUCGCUAUGCCUACAUGCCAGGAAACAGUUACCGGCCAGAGGAUGGUAGUUUCACCUUGCCAAGCAGGAGGGAUAACUAUGGUCCCAUUGCCCAGCCCCAAGUGCCAACAGGCAGCAACGUUGACUUGAAUCGCUCCCAGCCAGAACGUUUCCAGCCAGAGCCUUAUGGGUUGGAGGACGAUAACCGGAGCCUCGGGGUAGAUGAUGAAGGGUAUGAACUGGACCCAGAUUACUCCACAGUGAACCGAAGGACAUCUGCAGGGGUGCCUGAGAGGGGGAGACCUCACAAAGGAAGGGGCUACGAUGACCCUGUUGAGUCAGAGAUGGUUGACGAGAGGAUCCCUUACCUUCACGGUGGCUACGCAGCACCAUUAGCACAGCCAGAGAGGGGGAGCAUGGCCAGCAUCGAACGCCUGGGCAAGCGUUCCCCCUCCAUUGACAGCAUCCGCAAAGACCCCAGGUGGCGGGACCCUGACCUCCCUGAAGUGAUUGCCAUGCUCAGUCACCCCAUCGAUCCAGUCAAGUCUAACGCGGCAGCAUACUUGCAGCACCUGUGCUAUGAGAACGAUAAAAUAAAAAAGGAUGUGAGGCAUCUGAAAGGGAUUCCCAUCUUGGUGGGUCUGCUAGAUCACCCAAAGCCAGAGGUCCAUCGCAAAGCUUGUGGGGCUCUCAGAAACAUCUCUUACGGGAAGGAUAAUGAGAACAAGGUGGCUAUAAAGAACUGCGAUGGGAUCCCGGCAUUGAUCAGGUUAUUGCGGAAGACAAACGACAUGGAAGUCAGAGAGCUCAUUACAGGCACGCUUUGGAACUUGUCAUCCUAUGAGCCCCUGAAGAUGGUGAUCAUUAACCAUGGUCUUCAGACACUGACAAACGAGGUGAUUAUCCCCCAUUCCGGAUGGGAGAGCGAGCCGAAUGAGGACUCUAAGCCUCGGGAUGCUGAAUGGACCACGGUCUUCAAGAACACAUCUGGCUGCUUGCGGAAUGUAAGUUCAGAUGGCGCAGAAGCUCGGAGAAGACUAAGAGAGUGUGAUGGCUUAGUGGACGCUCUCCUUCAUGCUCUACAGUCUGCAGUCGGCAAGAAGGAUACAGAUAACAAGUCUGUGGAGAACUGUGUGUGCAUUAUGCGAAACCUUUCAUAUCACGUCCACAAAGAGGUCCCAGGAGCUGACAAGUACCAAGAGCUGGAUGCAAAUCAGCCUACCAGCACAGGAGGCUCUCAGAAGAAGAAGAAAGAUGACGCUGGCUGCUUUGGAGGGAAGAAAGCUAAAGAGGAGUGGUUCAAUCAAGGAAAGAAAAAUGGAGAUCUGGACAGGAACUUUGAUACACUUGAUUUGCCCAAGCGGUCCGAAGCAGCAAAAGGCUUUGAAUUGCUCUACCAGCCAGAGGUGGUCCGGCUCUACCUCUCGAUCCUCACUGAAAGCCAGAACUUCAACACUUUGGAAGCUGCAGCAGGGGCUUUGCAGAAUCUCAGUGCUGGAAACUGGACAUGGUCCACGUACAUCCGUGCAACAGUACGAAAGGAGAGAGGCUUACCAGUCCUCGUUGAGCUUCUCCAGUCUGACUCUGACAAGGUUGUGAGAGCUGUGUCAAUUGCACUGAGGAAUCUGUCUAUGGAUCGUCGCAAUAAGGAUCUCAUAGGUAGUUAUGCCAUGGGUGAACUGGUAAGAAAUUUGCCUAGCAGGCAACAGAGAUCUGCUAAAAACCUGGAAGAGGAUACAGUGGUUGCAGUCUUGAAUACCAUCCAUGAAAUCAUUACUGACAGUUCAGAAAAUGCAAGGUCCCUGAUCCAGACACAGGGCAUUCAGAAGCUGGUAGCUAUCAGCAAGUCAAGCCAGUCCCCCAGGGAAACAAAGGCAGCAUCUCACGUUCUUCAGAUGGUCUGGAGCUACAAAGAGCUACGAAAUGUCCUACAGAAAGAUGGAUGGAACAAAUCCCAUUUCCAGUCUGUUUCUGCAGCACCAAAGGGAUCCAAAGGUACUUCUGGCAAGUCUGGCUAUGAUGAUAGUACUCUGCCACUGGUGGAUAAAAGCCAAGAUAAUGAGAAGGCUGGAAGUCGUGAUAUGAUUCCUCUGGAUGAACUUGGUCCAGAUGGGUACUCCACCAUCGAUCACCGGGACAAAGAGCGCAAAUACAAGACCAAUGACAAUAUAGGGGAUGCAUCGGAGAAAGAACCUUUAAAAAAUGACACAAAUAGGAAAAACAUUAACAGGAGUAACAGGGCUUCGGUGAAUCUGGUGGAUGCCCGUGACAUUAAACCCCAGCCUGUUGACUCCUGGGUCUAA